AUGGCCGAGAAUGUCGUGGAACCGGGGCCGCCUUCAGCCAAGCGGCCUAAACUCUCAUCUCCGGCCCUCUCGGCGUCCGCCAGCGAUGGCACAGAUUUCGGCUCUCUAUUUGACUUGGAGCACGACUUACCAGAUGAAUUAAUCAACUCUACAGAAUUGGGACUAACCAAUGGUGGUGAUAUUAGUCAGCUUCAGACAAGUCUUGGCAUAGUACAAGAUGCAGCCUCUAAACAUAAACAACUGUCAGAAUUGCUACGGUCUGGUAGUUCCCCUAACCUCAAUAUGGGGGUUGGUGGCCCAGGCCAAGGCAUGGCCAGCCAAGCCCAACAGAACAGUCCUGGAUUAGGUUUGAUAAAUAGCAUGGUCAAAAGCCCAAUGGCCCAGGCAGGCUUGACUUCUCCCAACAUGGGGAUGGGCACUAGUGGACCAAAUCAGGGUCCCACACCGUCUGCAACAGGUAUGAUGAGCAGUCCCGUCAGUCAGCCUGCCAUGGGAAUGAACACAGGGAUGAAUGCUGGCAUGAAUCCUGGAAUGUUGACUGCCGGCAAUGGACAAGGGAUGAUGCCUAAUCAAGUCAUGAACGGUUCAAUUGGAGCAGGCCGGGGGCGACCUAAUAUGCAGUACCCAAACCCAGGCAUGGGAAAUGCUGGCAACUUAAUGACUGAGCCACUGCAGCAAGGCUCUCCCCAAAUGGGAGGACAGACAGGACUGAGAGGCCCCCAGCCUCUUAAGAUGGGAAUGAUGAACAACCCUAAUCCUUACGGUUCACCAUACACUCAGAAUUCCGGACAGCAGAUGGGAGCCGGUGGCCUUGGUCUCCAGAUUCCGACAAAGUCUGUACUACCAAAUAGCUUAUCUCCAUUUGCAAUGGACAAAAAGGCAGUUCCUGGUGGAGGAAUGCCCAAUAUGGGCCAGCAGCAGGCCCCACAGGUCCAGCAGCCAGGCCUGGUGGCUCCGGUGGCCCAAGGGAUGGGUUCUGGAGCACAUACGGCUGAUCCAGAGAAGCGCAAGCUCAUCCAGCAGCAGCUUGUCCUCCUCCUGCAUGCUCACAAGUGCCAACGCCGGGAGCAGGCCAACGGGGAGGUGAGGCAGUGCAACCUUCCCCACUGUCGGACGAUGAAGAACGUCCUCAACCACAUGACACACUGCCAGUCGGGCAAGUCCUGCCAAGUGGCACACUGUGCAUCUUCUCGACAAAUCAUUUCACACUGGAAGAAUUGUACAAGGCAUGAUUGUCCUGUGUGUCUGCCCCUUAAAAAUGCUGGAGAUAAGAGAAAUCAACAGUCAAUUUUGACUGGAACACCAGUUGGACUUGGCAAUACUAGCUCUCUAGGGGUGGGUCAACAGUCCACUCCCAGCCUAAGCACUGUCAGUCAGAUUGAUCCCAGCUCUAUAGAAAGAGCCUAUGCAGCCCUUGGACUGCCCUAUCAAGUAAAUCAGAUGCCGACCCAGCCCCAGGUGCAAGCGAAGAAUCAGCAGAACCAGCAGUCUGGGCAGUCUCCCCAAGGGAUGCGGCCCAUGAGCAACAUGAGUGCUAGUCCUAUGGGAGUAAAUGGAGGUGUAGGGGUUCAAACGUCGAAUAUUCUUUCUGACUCGAUGUUGCAUUCAGCCAUAAAUUCUCAAAACCCAAUGAUGAGUGACAAUGGCAGUGUGGCCUCUCUGGGUCCUAUGCCAACAGCAGCUCAGCCAUCCAGUACUGGAAUUCGGAAGCAAUGGCAUGAGGAUAUUACUCAGGAUCUUCGAAAUCAUCUUGUCCACAAACUUGUUCAAGCCAUAUUUCCCACUCCGGAUCCUGCUGCUUUAAAAGACAGACGGAUGGAAAACCUAGUUGCAUAUGCCCGGAAAGUGGAAGGGGACAUGUAUGAAUCGGCGAACAAUCGAGCGGAAUACUACCACCUGCUAGCUGAGAAGAUCUAUAAGAUCCAGAAGGAACUAGAAGAAAAGCGAAGGACUAGACUGCAGAAACAGAACAUGCUACCAAGUGCUGGAAGCAUGGUGCCAGUUAUGAACACGGGGCCUAACAUGGGGCAGCCACAACCAGGAAUGACUUCUAAUGGCCCUCUCCCUGAUCCAUCUAUGAUCCGUAGCAGUGUGCCAAACCAGAUGAUGCCUCGGGUAACUCCACAACCUGGUUUGAAUCAAUUUGGCCAGAUGAGUAUGCCUCAGCCUCCUAUUGGACCCCGGCAAACCUCUCCUCUUCAGCACCAUGUACAGUUAGCUCAAACUGGAACACUUAAUCCGCCUAUAGGCUACGGGCCUCGCAUGCAGCAGCCUUCCAGCCAGAGCCAGUUUCUUCCUCAGACUCAAUUCUCAACACAGGGAAUGAAUGUAACAAAUAUGCCUUUGGCUCCGUCUGGCGGUCAAGCACCAGUGUCUCAAGCACAAAUGUCCAGUUCUUCCUGUCCUGUGAACUCUCCUAUAAUGCCUCCUGGGUCUCAAGGGAGCCACAUUCACUGUCCCCCUCUCCCUCAACCAGCUCUGCAUCAGAAUUCACCCUCACCCGUACCUAGUCGUACCCCCACCCCUCACCACACUCCCCCUAGCAUAGGGGCUCAGCAGCCACCAGCAACAGCAAUCCCAGCCCCUGUUCCUACGCCUCCAGCCAUGCCACCUGGCCCACAGUCCCAGGUUCUCCAUCCACCUCCAAGACAAACGCCUACGCCACCACCAACGCAACUUCCUCCCCAAGUGCAGCCUUCGCUUCCUGCUGCUCCUUCAGUCGACCAGGCGCAGCAACAGCCUCUGUCCCAGCAAAGCACAGCAGCCUCUGUGCCCACCCCGACGGCACCCCUGCUGCCUCCGCAGCCGGCAACUCCACUUUCCCAGCCAGCUGUAAGCAUCGAAGGGCAGGUAUCAAACCCUCCAUCUACUAGUAGCACGGAAGUGAAUUCUCAGACCAUUCCUGAGAAGCAGCCUUCACAGGAAGUGAAAAUGGAGCCUAAAAUGGAAGUGGAGGCACCAGAACCAGCAGAUACUCAGCCGGAGGAUAUUCCAGAGACUAAAGCAGAAGACUGUAAAGUAGAACCUACAGAAACUGAAGAGAGAGGCACUGAAUUAAAAACUGAAACGAAAGAGGAAGAAGACCAGCCAAGUACUUCAGCGACCCAGUCAUCUCCAGCCCCAGGACAGUCAAAGAAGAAGAUUUUCAAACCUGAAGAGUUACGACAGGCACUGAUGCCAACAUUGGAGGCACUUUACCGACAGGAUCCGGAAUCGCUACCCUUUCGUCAGCCUGUGGACCCUCAGCUUCUAGGAAUCCCUGAUUACUUUGAUAUUGUGAAGAGCCCUAUGGAUCUUUCUACCAUCAAGAGGAAGUUAGACACUGGACAGUAUCAGGAGCCCUGGCAGUAUGUGGAUGACAUUUGGCUCAUGUUCAACAAUGCUUGGUUAUAUAAUCGGAAAACAUCACGGGUGUACAAAUACUGCUCCAAGCUGUCUGAGGUCUUCGAACAAGAAAUUGACCCUGUCAUGCAAAGCCUUGGGUACUGUUGUGGCAGAAAGUUGGAGUUCUCUCCACAGACACUCUGUUGCUAUGGCAAACAGUUAUGCACAAUCCCUCGUGAUGCCACUUACUACAGUUAUCAGAACAGGUAUCAUUUCUGUGAGAAGUGUUUCAAUGAAAUCCAAGGGGAGAGCGUUUCUUUGGGGGAUGACCCUUCCCAACCUCAAACUACAAUAAAUAAAGAACAAUUUUCAAAGAGAAAAAAUGACACUCUGGAUCCUGAACUGUUUGUUGAGUGUACAGAGUGUGGGAGAAAGAUGCAUCAGAUCUGUGUCCUUCAUCAUGAGAUCAUCUGGCCAUCGGGAUUUGUCUGUGAUGGUUGUUUAAAGAAGACUGCACGAACUAGAAAAGAAAAUAAAUUUUCUGCUAAAAGACUGCCAUCUACCAGGCUUGGGACAUUUCUGGAGAAUCGUGUGAAUGAGUUUCUGAGGCGACAAAAUCACCCUGAGUCAGGAGAGGUCACUGUUCGAGUAGUUCAUGCUUCUGACAAAACUGUAGAAGUCAAACCAGGCAUGAAAGCAAGAUUUGUAGAUAGUGGAGAGAUGGCAGAAUCCUUUCCAUAUCGAACCAAAGCCCUCUUUGCCUUCGAAGAGAUCGAUGGUGUUGACUUGUGCUUCUUUGGUAUGCACGUUCAAGAGUAUGGCUCUGACUGCCCUCCACCCAACCAGAGGAGAGUAUACAUAUCAUACCUCGAUAGUGUUCACUUCUUCCGUCCUAAAUGCUUGAGGACUGCAGUCUAUCAUGAAAUCCUAAUUGGAUAUUUGGAAUAUGUCAAGAAAUUAGGAUACACAACAGGGCAUAUUUGGGCGUGUCCACCAAGUGAAGGAGACGACUACAUCUUCCAUUGCCACCCCCCUGACCAGAAGAUACCCAAGCCCAAGCGACUGCAGGAGUGGUACAAAAAGAUGCUUGACAAAGCUGUGUCCGAGCGAAUCGUCCAUGAUUACAAGGAUAUUUUAAAACAAGCUACUGAAGAUCGAUUGACAAGCGCGAAGGAAUUGCCUUACUUUGAGGGUGAUUUCUGGCCCAACGUCCUGGAAGAGAGCAUUAAGGAACUAGAGCAGGAAGAGGAGGAGCGGAAGCGGGAGGAGAACACGAGCAACGAGAGCACAGAUGUGACAAAGGGAGACAGCAAAAAUGCUAAAAAGAAGAACAACAAGAAAACUAGCAAAAACAAGAGCAGCCUGAGUCGGGGCAAUAAGAAGAAGCCAGGCAUGCCUAACGUAUCCAACGACCUCUCACAGAAAUUGUAUGCCACCAUGGAGAAGCACAAAGAGGUCUUCUUUGUGAUCCGUCUCAUCGCUGGCCCUGCUGCCAACUCCCUGCCUCCCAUUGUUGACCCUGACCCCCUCAUCCCCUGUGACCUGAUGGACGGGCGGGAUGCCUUUCUCACCCUUGCAAGAGACAAGCAUCUGGAGUUCUCGUCAUUGCGAAGAGCCCAGUGGUCCACCAUGUGCAUGCUGGUGGAGCUGCACACCCAGAGCCAGGACCGCUUUGUCUACACCUGCAACGAGUGCAAGCACCACGUGGAGACACGCUGGCAUUGCACCGUGUGUGAGGAUUAUGACUUGUGUAUCACCUGCUACAACACUAAAAACCACGACCACAAGAUGGAGAAGCUCGGGCUGGGGCUCGACGAUGAGAGCAACAACCAGCAGGCUGCCGCCACGCAGAGCCCGGGAGACUCCCGCCGCCUGAGCAUCCAGCGCUGCAUCCAGUCGCUGGUGCACGCCUGCCAGUGCCGCAACGCCAACUGCUCGCUGCCGUCCUGCCAGAAGAUGAAGCGGGUGGUGCAGCACACCAAGGGCUGCAAGCGCAAGACCAACGGUGGUUGCCCCAUCUGCAAACAGCUCAUCGCCCUGUGUUGCUACCACGCUAAGCACUGCCAGGAGAACAAGUGCCCCGUGCCCUUCUGCCUCAACAUCAAGCAGAAGCUCCGGCAGCAGCAGCUGCAGCACCGGCUCCAGCAGGCCCAGAUGCUGCGCCGGAGGAUGGCCAGCAUGCAACGGACUGGCGUGGUGGGGCAGCAGCAGGGCCUGCCCUCCCCGACCCCUGCCACCCCGACCACGCCGACAGGCCAGCAGCCCACCACCCCACAGACGCCCCAGCCCCCGCCCCCCUCUCAGCCCCAGCCCACGCCUCCCAACAACAUGCCGCCCUACUUGCCCAGGACUCAAGCUGCUGGCCCGGUGUCCCAGGGCAAGGCAGCAGGCCAGGUGACCCCCCCAACCCCGCCUCAGACUGCUCAGCCCCCGCUUCCGGGACCCCCACCUGCAGCAGUGGAAAUGGCCAUGCAGAUUCAGAGGGCAGCCGAGACGCAACGCCAGAUGGCCCACGUGCAAAUCUUUCAGCGGCCAAUCCAGCACCAGAUGCCGCAGAUGACUCCCAUGGCCCCCAUGGGUAUGAACCCGCCCCCCAUGGCCAGAGGGCCUGGUGGGCAUUUGGAGCCAGGGAUGGGGCCCACUGGCAUGCAGCAGCAACCCCCGUGGGCCCAGGGAGGACUGCCCCAGCCCCAGCAGCUGCAGUCGGGGAUGCCCCGGCCAGCCAUGAUGUCAGUGUCACAGCAUGGGCAGCCCCUGAACAUACCUCCCCAGCCGGGCCUGGGCCAGGUAGGUGUGAGCCCUCUCAAGCCAGGCACUGUGUCUCAACAAGCCUUACAGAACCUCCUGCGGACUCUCAGGUCUCCCAGCUCUCCCCUGCAGCAGCAACAGGUGCUCAGUAUCCUUCAUGCCAACCCCCAGCUGUUGGCCGCGUUCAUCAAGCAGCGGGCGGCCAAGUACGCCAGCUCCAACCCGCAGCCCCUCCCCGGGCAGCCAGGCCUGCAGCCCCCCGCCAUGCCGGCGCAGCAGGGGGUCCACUCCAGCCCCGCCAUGCAGAACUUGAACCCCAUGCAGGCAGGCGUCCCAAGGGCCGGCCUGCCCCAGCAGCCCACACAGCAGCAGCAGCUCCCACCGCCCAUGGGCGGGAUGAGCCCGCAGGCUCAGCAGAUGAACAUGAAUCACAGCACCAUGCCCUCGCAAUUCCGAGACAUCUUGAGGAGACAGCAGAUGAUGCAGCAGCAGCAGCAGGGAGCGGGGCCAGGGAUGGGCCCGGGGCUGGCCAACCACAACCAGUUCCAGCCCCCCCAGGGUGUGGGCUACCCUGCCCCGCAGCAGCAGCCGCCACCGCGAAUGCAGCAUCACAUGCAGCAGAUACCGCAAGGGAACAUGGGACAGAUGGGCCAGCUCCCGCAGGCCCUGGGAGCAGAGGCGGGAGCCAGUCUGCAGGCCUACCAGCAGCGGCUCCUUCAGCAACAGAUGGGCUCCCCGGCCCAGCCCAACCCCAUGAGCCCCCAGCAGCACAUGCUCCCGAGUCAGGCUCAGUCCCCGCACCUCCAAGGCCAGCAGAUCCCGUCUCUCUCCAAUCAAGUGCGAUCUCCCCAGCCUGUCCCUUCUCCGCGGCCACAGUCCCAGCCCCCCCACUCCAGCCCUUCCCCACGGAUGCAGCCUCAGCCUUCUCCACACCACGUCUCCCCACAGACCAGUUCUCCACAUCCUGGACUGGUCGCUGCCCAGGGCAACCCCAUGGAACAAGGGCAUUUUGCCAGCCCGGACCAGAAUUCGAUGCUCUCUCAGCUCACUAGCAAUCCAGGCAUGGCAAACCUCCAUGGUGCGAGCGCCACGGACCUGGGACUCGGCACCGACAACUCAGACUUGAAUUCAAACCUCUCACAGAGUACACUAGACAUACACUAG